AUGAUGCUGGCUACACUCUCGCCUGCAGACGUGAAUUACGAGGAGACACUUUCCACCCUACGAUAUGCUGAUAGAGCCAAACAGAUUGUCUGCAAGGCGGUCAUCAAUGAGGACCCCAAUGCUCGCAUUAUUCGUGAACUUAAAUUGGAGGUGGAGCACCUUCGAGCCCUCCUGCGAUUGGAAAAAGGUGUCACGAUUACGGGUGUGUUGUUUACCGCUCUCUCUCGCAAUUGUUUAAGCACUGCUGACAUACCUGUGAAGAUGGAAACGAGUCUGGAACUGAGGGAGUACGAGACACGCAUUGAGGAGUUGCGAGCUUCAGAAAAGUUGUUGGCUGAGCUCAAUGAGACGCUGGAGAUGAAAUUAAAGAAAACGGAAGCACUACGAGCUCAAAGGGAGCAGGAGCUGCGAGGCAUGGGCAUCGCCCUUCACGCCGACGGUGCACUGACCGGUGUCUUUGCCCCCAAGGUGAGGCGCACAAAUUUAUGCAUAUCCACCUUUUUGACUGAUACACCAAAUUUGGUGAAUUUGAACGAAGAUCCCACAAUGUCUGAGUGCCUGAUAUACUACUUAAAAGAGGGCACGACUCGGUGA